AUGUCACGACACCGCGUCAAGGCCGUGGGCUACGACGACGACGACCUGGAUUACGAAGAUGAAUACGACUCCGAGGACCCCGAAGAGCGCGAGUACCUCGAACAAUGUACUCGCGAGGUACUGAGUCAGUUGGCUGGCGGCGACCCGUCUGUGACCGCAACCCGCGACGAGGUCCAGGAAGCGCUGUGGCAUUAUUACAACGAUGUUGAGAAAUCGGUGAAUUAUUUAAAGGGCAAGAAGACGAAAGAGGCGGAGAAGAGUAAGGCUGCGCCGGCCAAGGCAAAAGGAGGCACAGGUAAGCGAAAUACCUAUAUGUUCUGUCUUUUUGUAUCCUUGAUGCUUUUAGUGCCAGUGUAUCCUCUACCUCUUACUACUACGACCUCGUCGCAUCGCGCUCAUUUCUCAGCCGCGGAAUUCUUUCGUGACUCUCCCUGGCUUAAUGUACCUGCGCACCGGAAGGCCGAUAUCCUCGUUGAACCGCUUUACCCUCGACUUGGUCUCCUCGGUGGAGCGCCAGAGAACGGUGGAGGAAAGAUGUCUAAACUAGCAGCUUUAGCUGCUGCACGAAAGAAGAAAGAGGGAGACAAGUCGCCGACACCUUCUUCUGGCGGAAGAAGUGACACUGCGCAGCCAUCCGCUGGCGAAGGAGCUCCGUUAUCGCUCCGAGAGAGACUCGCACGUAAUGACAGAAAGACCAAAUCCUCAGAGAGUUCCCCAUCGCUGCAAAGCUUGAGCAAAGAAUCUCGUUUCGGACAGUCUAUAUCUCCAAAGAAGUCGCCAUCUGAGCCAAAGACACCAGAUCUCCCAGCUAAAACUGAACUGGGGGGCUCUGUGGAGGACGUCCAGAUUAAAGGGGAAAACAAGGAGCCACCUACUUCCAACGUUCGCGCGCCACCUUCAACAUUUGCAGUCACUAUUGUUGGGGAUGACACACGUCCGAUGAUGACCGAGCCCAGCCACCUAUACACGAAUACUCUAGAUUUGAUCAAAAUCUAUGGACAAGACCUCGCUGAACCGUUUGACUUUGCAGGACCAAGCCCAGACGAUGUAGUUUUGAACGCCCAGAGUUCAGCUAAAGGCUUCAAGUCGAAACAACCUGCUGCAAAGCCACAAGGUGACAAGAAAGGCUCGGCAGGUCUGGCAGGUGACAUGAGCAACCUCACCGUCACUGAAAAAUUCAACGUGAAGAGCAAGAAUCUGGAUGUGCUCUCCGAGUACAGGAAGUCUAAACGGAAAAAUGCCAUGAAUUUUGUGGUUAUCGGGCAUGUGGAUGCUGGGAAAAGUACGCUCAUGGGGCGCCUACUUGCGGAUUUGAAAGCUGUUGACCAGCGUACACUGGAAAAAUAUAGAAGAGAGGCUGAGAAGCUAGGCAAAGGGUCUUUUGCUCUUGCGUGGGUCUUAGACCAGGGUACUGAGGAGAGAGCGCGAGGUGUGACUAUUGACAUUGCGACAAGCAAGUUUGAAACAGAUAAGACUAUUUUCACGAUUGUUGAUUCGCCUGGCCAUCGAGACUUUGUUCCCAACAUGAUCGCGGGUGCAAGUCAGGCCGAUUUUGCUGUACUCGUUAUCGACUCCAGUAUCGGGAACUAUGAGUCGGGAUUGAAGGGCCAAACCAAGGAGCAUGCUCUACUCGUGAGAAGUAUGGGCGUGCAGAGGAUCAUUGUCGCUGUUAACAAAAUGGAUACUGUUCAAUGGGAUAAGGGUCGCUUUGAGGAGAUUGAGCAGCAGGUUUCGGCUUUCUUGACCACCGCUGGGUUCCAAGCCAAGAAUAUUUCCUUUGUACCAUGCUCUGGUGUCAGUGGGGAUAACAUUACUCGGCGAAGCGAGGAUAAAAAUGUGUCUUGGUACAGUGGUAAUACACUGGUGGAAGAACUCGAGGCUACAGAGCCGUACUCCCACGCUCUCGACAAGCCACUACGAAUGACGAUUGGCGAUGUGUUUCGUGGGAGCAUACAGAACCCUCUAUCAAUAUCCGGCCGAAUCGAUGCUGGGAGCCUACAAGGAGGUGACCAAAUUGUCACCAUGCCAAGUGGAGAGACAGCAGUGAUUCGAAGUCUAGAAGUCGACGGAGAGCCUAGUGACUGGGCCGUCGCUGGUCAAAACGUUGUCUUGAACCUUGCGAAUAUCGACCCCGUUCAUCUUCGCUCUGGCGACGUUGUCUGCCACGCCUCCGCCCCGAUUCCUAACAUUACUUCGUUUACCUGCAAGGUACUUGCUUUUGAUCAUUUACUGCCAAGCAUGGUUGAUAUUCAUCGUGGGCGCUUGCACGUUCCUGGGCGGAUCAGCCGGCUAGUUGCAACAUUGGACAAAGGCUCCGGAAAUGUUCUCAAGAAAAAGCCAAAGAUUGUCUCCCCUGGGUCUGUAGCUCGGGUUGUUGUAGAGCUGGACCAGGCGGUACCUUUGGAAUCCCCGACUAGAGUGGUUCUGAGAGCUGGAGGUGACACCGUGGCCGCUGGAUUGCUGGAGUGA